AUAUCGCUUUUCAGAUUUUCCGCACGUAUUGUUUUGGCAUUCGAUUGACCGACAAGAUAAUUAUAGAUGCAAGAGUUGGUCGCUUCGCCAAGAAAGGCAUUUGCUUGGUUCACUGGCGAUAAAAACAAAAGAUAAUUUGUUAUCUUUCAUAUAAAUUUUAAUUUCAGAGAUAGUAUGAGAAAGAACAAUGAGUACUAUUUCAUUUGCAUCUCCCGAACAUGCUGAAUGAAUGUGACAAAUACGGCCACAAGCUAAAUAUCGCUGUUAAAACAAACGCUUCACUGCCUACAGGUAUGUUUUCAGCGAAAUAACUCGAAACCGAAACUCACCAACACUGAUUGAAUAUUUUCACCAACUCUCUGAUUUUCUUCGACGUUGAAAUCGAAGAUUUUCAUCAGAUCGGUUUAUUUUAACGAUUUUGACAUAUUUGUUUUCAUUCUAGACUUUGCUAUUUUUAUUCCGCCGCAGAAAGUCGUAAACAACACUAAAUUGAAAAGUCACGCACUCCCCUGGAAACACAACGCGUUAUUCUGGACCAAUUUCAAAAGAAAACAUGACGUUUAAUUCCUUUUCACGCAAUUUCCUGAUUUCGCUUAUUUUAGAGCGUGUACCUAUGCAUUUUCAGCACGUACGCAACAAAACAUUGAAGAUCAGUUCACCUUCAGAGAAGUGACAUCAUAAACACGAUAACGUUUGUCAUACAACCACAGUUCGCCUCAUACGCUCCAAACGAGUCGAAGAACUAGGGUAAAACAUUUGGUAUUAGGUUGCAUUAAAAAAGAAGGUUUCGAGCCAAAAGACUUGAGGAUCUAGCGACGAAUUUUACACAGAAAAUUGUAAGGGCUUUUUCAAUACGAUUGUUUGUUCGUUACAGCUGAUUUUUAUAUCAUGGCCGAAAAUAGUCGCAACCUUAUAAGGCUUCUGUUAAAAUAAUGACGGUCAUUGGUCAGAUAGGAUCUUUUGUUUUGACUAAUUGCGAGUGCUGACAAAGACAGUGUUUUGAUUGGUGGAUUUGAGAAUAUCUGCCAAUCAUAACGCACAUGGCGAAUGGAUAAUUUUACACUCGGCACUUGCAAAGCACCCUUGGGUACCCUGCUUUAUUUUUUGCGAUUGAUUUGAGCGUCGGCGAGUGUGUAUGACAGAAGCAAUAGUGUGUUGUGUGUUGUGUUAUUCUGACAUUCCUUCGUCUCACUCACCCGUAGCAUCGCUUCACUGACGCUCAGCUACUCACUUCUACGCUACUCUCCUGCGACAUGGAUCUGCAAUCUGCUCUUCCGUGCUCCUCGAUUUUCCACGAACUACAAACUGUUCAUGACACAGGCUUUUUCUACUCGCUUCCAUCGCUUGAAGACGAUUGGGCACAGGUACGUGUACGUGAAUUUUUCUAAUGGUUUUGUCCUUGUAGCUUAGCAAGCGUAACAUGUGGCCUUUAACGAUGGCUUUGGACACUUAGGAAGCAUGCAGCCUCUUGCGCUUCGCGCGAAUUCGUCCGUGCUUUGUAAAUCAGCCAUGUUGACCUCAUUCUGUAUUCCUUGUGUAUUUCGUUUUCGCGCUCGUUUUCAUCGCUGCAUAGUAUAGUAUUUUUCUUAAUUUUUCUUUCCAGACAAGACUAGAAAUGGAUCGUUAUCUUUGCCCUGAACCAUCAUCUUUGGAUAGUAAAGACUCCAACUUAGGGAAUCCAGCUCCCUGGAACGAAUUUUUACUUCAACCUUUUGACGAGUCAAAUUUUCCAUUUGGCGACGACUGGGACAUCAAACCGAUAGAUUUCACUUCAAUAGCUACCUUUCCCUCAGUGCCAACAGUUCUUCCAGAAACUCCAACGGAAACUAAACCAGCUAUGGAGCUCCCAGUAAAACCUCUAAAGAUCAAAUUACCGACCCCGACGGGCUGCGAAGAGAUUAGCAAAAUUCCUAAGCCUGUUUUACCGCUAACUCCACCGAGCUCACCUGAGUCGCCUGUCGUUGUGUUUAAUAGCCCGAACCAGCAGAGAACAGGCAGGCCAAGUGCGCGCUCCCCUCGCGCGAGGGGAGGAAAUGGAGGUGCUAGAGCAAACAGCCCCAAGGACAAAGACUCAGAGAGCAAACGGCGAGUGCAUCGAUGUCAAUUUAGUGGUUGUCGUAAAGUUUACACGAAGAGCUCGCAUCUGAAAGCUCAUCAACGUACUCAUACGGGAGAAAAGCCGUACCGUUGUUCUUGGGAUGGAUGCAACUGGCGUUUCGCUCGCUCGGAUGAGCUUACUCGCCAUUACAGAAAACAUACUGGAGCCAAACCGUUCAAAUGUGUUCAUUGUGAUAGGUGCUUUUCACGAUCAGACCAUCUAGCUCUACACAUGAAGAGACACGCAUAG